UAUGCUUUCAUAUUAAAGAGGCUCGUUGCCCUGUUCUCUUCUACAGAGUUUAUACAAUACGACACACUGAGUUUACAUGACACGACAGCAAUCAAAUGGCACGGGGCUACCCGGAUGUCGGUCCUCCAGUCUUGAGAUCCCCUGGCCUCUAUAUAAUGUAUACAGCUCAAAAGAGGACAUAAUGCCGUGAUCGCCUGCUCUCGUCUCGGCGGACAGGUUCUGCAAGACAACAGCUUAAGAUGCGUCUUUUCAGCAGACUCGUAGCCACUGUUGUCUUGCUUCAGCAAGUCCACGGAUUUAGUCCACGACAAGUCACGCACUUGGAUACUUCACCCAAAUCUCGACUACUCACCCGGGAUGACGAUACGACGGGCGUUGUUGGGGGUACAUUCGACCAACUGAUCGAUCACGACAACCCUUCCCUCGGAACCUUCAAGCAGCGGUACUUGUAUAGCCUUAAUUAUGCGAAUGGCACCAACCCCCCUGUUGUGUUCAUUUCUCCCCUCGAUGCUGAAGCUGAACAAGUGAAAUUCUGGUUGCACGAUGACUAUGUCAUUGGUGGCAUGAUUGCACGACGCAUCGGAGCUGUGAUGCUGUUGCUUGAGAAUCGGUAUUUUGGCCAAUCGUCGCCAUAUCAGCAACUCACGACUGAGCAUAUGAAGUACUACACCGAGGACCAAAUAAUGCGCGACAAGAUAUACUUUGCUGAAAACGUCAAACUACCAUUUGCGAAGAAUGGGAGUGCCAGGCCGGCCAAGGUGCCCUGGGUUCACACAGGAUGCUCGGCGCAGGGAAAUCGAGUCUUGUUCACGCAGAAACAGUAUCCAGGUACAUUCUGGGCAAGCUGGGCGUCGAGUUCACCACCGCAAGCGAUCCCUGAUUACUGGAGGUACUCUGACGCGGCUAAGGCGUAUUUGCCCAAGAACUGUACAGCAGAUGUCGAGAAGGUCAUUGAGCAUCUGGACAAUGUCAUGCUUCAUGGCUCGGCAGAUGAAAUCCAGCAAAUUAAGGAAGACUUCGGGGCUCCUGACCUCAAGCACAACGAUGAUUUUAUGAACCUGCUCAACCAUGGACCCCAGUCUUAUCAGACCGCUUCUCUGCGCAUACACGAUACGUGGGAAUUCUGUGAUUACGUCGAGAAUGCCGUCAGUGUCACGGACAAGUCGAAGCUUCCAAGCUCAGGAGGCGUUGGUCUGGACAAGGCGCUGGCAGGAUAUGCCCGCUGGACCAAGGAGGUCUGGAUCCCCGGAAAAUGCGAGAAUCGGGGUCCCUGGAAGGGGGUGAACAACACGGGCUGCUUCAACUUUGGUGACGCUGACAGCUUGGUCUACGCCAAUAAGACAUUGAUCAGUCCAAGCAUCGUCGAGACCCUGCAAAUCCAAUGGCUCUUCUGCAACGAACCUGAAGAGUACUGGCAGACGGGCUCGCCAGAGGGUACACCGACGCUGGUCUCACGCUUGGUGAACAAGGAGUACUUCAGGAAGACAUGUGCGCGUUAUUUCCCUCCCGGUCCUAAUGGAGAGACCUACGGCCUGGCCAAGGGAGAGACGUCAGAAUCAUGGAACGCUCACUAUGGAGGCUGGAGCGACCCUUCUCCCUACGUGAAGAGGACUGUCUUGGUUGAUGGCCUGUAUGAUCCUUGGCGAACAGCAGGAUUUGCUUCUUCACAGAGACCUGGCGGUGUACUCGGCAACAGCACCUACAUCAAACACUUUUUGAACCCCUUGGGCAAUCACUGUACAGAUACGUUUCGCAAUGCUGGUACUAUUUGGCCAGAGGUCAAAGCGAUUCAGGAGGCUGGCAUUGAUCAGAUUGAGAAGUGGGUCGCAGAGUUUCCCAAGAACAAGUAAACUUUAGGGGAACGAAAGACGUGGAUGUAUGAAUUGGCUCAGGGAGUUUGGUGGUGAGGCUAGAUGGCGAUGGGGAGGUUGCAUCGCUGAUCGACGCUGCUAGUGACUACGAGGACCUUUGAUAGACGAUCGUGUAAGUCGAAGCGUUUUAUCUAAGACAUGUCAAUGAAGGGAGAU